CGUGACCCGGUUUAAGGAGGGAAGGCGGGGAGGGGAUGCUGGGGACGGCGAUGGCUUCGUGAUGGUUGUAGCUCGCCUGCUGCUUCUUUUAUUCUCAGAACUGCUGUGAGAAAUGUCUCAGAGGAAGCGUGUCAAAGGGCCAGGGUUAUCUCAGGGGGACGAUGGGGAUGAGGAUUUCAACGUGAGCCAGACACCGACGCACAGCCAGGUGCAGAGGAAUCUAGAGAGACGCUCUCAGGACCAAGUAAAUCAGAAGGUGAGCGAGCUAGUUCAGUUCUUGCUUGUGAAAGACCAGAAGAAGAUCCCCAUUAAGAGGGCAGAUAUCCUGAAAAAAGUCAUCCGGGAAUAUAAAGAUGUUUACUCAGAGAUCAUCAACCAGGCGGGCAGGACCCUGCAGCAGGUAUUUGGGCUGCAGCUGGUGGAGAUCGACACCAAAUAUCACAUCUACAUCCUCAUCAGCAACCUGCCCCGUGCCGAGGGGGAGAACCUGCGCCAGGACAACCAGACGGCCAAACUGGGGCUCCUCAUCGUCAUCCUUAGCUUCAUCUUCAUGAAGGGCAACUCGGCCAAGGACGGCGCCGUGUGGGAAUUCCUCCGCCGGCUCCGACUGCAACCAGGGGAGCGACACGAAGUCUUUGGGGACGUCAAGAAGCUGGUGACGGAGGAGUUUGUGCGGCAGAAAUACUUGGAGAUCACCCCCAUCCCCUUGACGGAGCCCCCCGAAUUCAAGUACCAGUGGGGGCCACGGGCGGUCAAGGAAACCUCCAAGAGGGACGUGCUGCGCUUCGUGGCGAAAAUCCAAGGGAAGGACCCCACGUUCUGGAUGAGCCAGUACAAGGAAGCCGAAGCCUCCACCCCCCCAAAAUAAAGGCAUCUUUUUUGGGGUGCAGCCCCAUAA